AUGACAGAGGCGUGGCAGCAGCAGCAGCAACAUGCAGUGGCUCCACCCUCUGUUGUGCACACGCUCCCCCAGGGGACCGACAACCCUCUGGGCUGCACUGUGUAUGGAGUGGUUCUGCAGCCAGAUGCCUCCCUGCAGCAGCCCCAGCACGGCCAGCAGCUCGCCGUUCAAGCCCAGCAGCCCUCCAUGCAGGUAGGGGGCGAGAGAGGGCACAAGUGUGGAGCCUGCGGCCACGACAUCUCUCACCUGGCCAACCCCCACGAGCACCAGUGCAUGGUGAGCCAAGACCGGUCCUUCCAGUGCACGCAGUGCAUGAAGAUCUUCAGCCAGGCGACGGACCUGCUGGAGCAUCAGUGUGUUCAGGUGGAGCAGAAGCCUUUCGUGUGUGGAGUCUGUAAGAUGGGCUUCUCGCUGCUCACCUCCUUGGCUCAGCACCACAACUCGCACGGCAACGGAAACAAUCCAAUGAAGUGUUCCAUCUGCGAGAAAACUUACCGUCCCGGUUCUGGAAACGUCACCCCGACCUCGUCAGCUGCCAACCCCCAGCAGCCCUCCACCGGAGAGACGUCCGGUGGCGGCGCCGCCAUCAGUGCCUCGUCUCCUCCUGCGUUUGAGGCGUCUGCGCCAGACCGGCCAUACAAGUGCUCAGUGUGCCAUAAGUCCUUUCGGCAUUUGUCAGAGCUGACCCGCCACGAGAGAAUACACACUGGUGAAAAGCCAUACAAAUGUGACACAUGUGAUAAAAGCUUCAGCCAGUCCUCACAUCUGGCGCAUCACCAGCGUACACACAGCUCCGAGCGGCCGUACAAGUGUGCGGUGUGCGAGAAGAGCUUUAAACACCGCUCUCACCUCGUGCGGCACAUGUACGCUCACUCGGGCGAGCACCUUUUCAAGUGCAAUUUGUGUGAGAUGCACUUUAAAGAGUCAUCUGAGCUUUUGCACCAUCAAUGCCAGCCAGAAGGGGAGAGGCCGUUCCGCUGCGGUUCGUGUGGAAAAAGCUUCAAGCGGCCGUCAGACCUGCGGCAGCACGAACGCACCCACUCCGAGGAGCGACCUUUCCAGUGCGAGGAAUGCCAGAUGAGCUUCAAACAGCAGUACGCUCUCGUACGCCACCGACGCACUCACAAAAACCCCGCCGAUCGUCCUUUCAAGUGCAAUCUCUGCGAUAAGGGCUUCCUCCAGCCGUCCCACCUGCUCUACCACCAGCAGGUUCACGGGAUGGAAAGUCUGUUUAAGUGUGCAUCCUGCCAGAAGUCUUUCAGCCAAUCGGGAGAACUGCUGCGGCACAAAUGUGGCGGCGAAGUGGAGAAACCGUACAAGUGCGACGUGUGCGGCAAAGGUUACAAAAAGAAUUCGACGCUGCAGCGCCACCAGAACUCUCACUGCACGGAGAAGCCGCUGAAAUGCUCCCUGUGCGACAAGCGCUUCGUUUCAUCCUCCGAGUUCGUGCAGCACCGAUGCGACCCGACUCGGGAGAAGCCGCUGAAAUGUCCCGACUGCGAAAAGCGUUUCAGGUACUCGUCCGAGCUGCAGCGCCACCGCCGAGUCCACACGGGGGAGAAACCGUUCAAGUGCGCCAGUUGCGACAAGAGCUUCAAGCAGCGCGAGCACCUAGCCAAGCACCAGAGCGUGCACUCGCGGGAGACGCAGUUUAAGUGCGUGUGGUGCGGCGAGCGCUUUGUCGACCUCACGGCUCUGCAGGAGCACACGGUCCAGCACACCGCCGAGGGCGAGAGCUUCCCCGAAGCUCCCUGCAUCCCAUGAACUGAGCUGCUCCUCGGCUCGGGGCAGCAAACGUGACAUUCAAAGUGUGCCAGCCUCCGCUCACCCAUUUGUAGUUUCUAACAUGCUCCCAUGAAUUAUGAUUUCUAGUAAUUUUAAGACUCAAUUUAUCCUCACCCUUUGUUGAAUAAAAGGCAAAUAGACAGCGGGGAUUAGCGUCCCUCUACUUAUUUUGGAACAAGGAAAAACUUGAACAGAGUGGAAAAAGAUGUAAAAUGUGGCAAGAUCUGGGUUUUGUUUAGAGCGUGGGACCUUAUUCUGUGGUUGCAUGUGGUCGUCUGUUGUGUAACCGUCAGUUCUGUUGUCGAGAAGGAUGGCGAGAACGUCCAGACGGUUGUCCGUGUGUGCUCAUGUGUAGGCUCCUCUGCAAUCCAUGUGCCUUUUAUUUUCUUUUUUCGUCUGUUUUUUAACCGAUCACUCACUUUGUGUUUGAUUUCAUGUCCAGUAUAGCCGAAAGAGAAACCCUCCCACCCAGCGGCUGGCUUGUGCAGCAGUAUCUUUUCACAUACUAGGUCUUAGGUAGUAUCAUCUGUUUGUGCAUGAAUAUUUAUCACACUUUAAUAUCACUGUUGUAUUAUAGGUUUGGUUUAUUUAGGAAAACAUCCUAAGAAGAUGAAGAAAAAACAAAAACAAAGUGGAUUUGUGAAAAUGUAAAGCCAAUGUCCUAUGAAAUCUGUGUUGUUGCAUCUUUGUAUUAAAACAAAUGGCAUCUAGGUAACUAACCCCUACCUAUUAUGUCAUACAAACACUUGACAUGUGCAAUAGAACAUGCACAAUGUAAUAUUUAUGACUACUGAUUCAUGGCAUAGUCUACUCUGUUAUAUUAUAGAUUGUGUGUAUACGCUAUGUAAACAUUGAAAACUGUAUAGUGCUUAUGUUACCUGCUUUUCUAUUCACUAUGAAUGAGCUUGCCAUAUUUUGCAAGCAAUUUAGUUUCAUUUCCAGAAAGAUUUAACCUGACAAGACUUCAAAGCAUUAUGUUGCUCACUUGCCACAAACUAGCUGCAUUAGUUACUGUGCGAUAGAUCUAACAAAAGUAAUACUAUUAUUAUUAUUACUUCUUUCAGUUUGUUUUUUGGAGAAUUGGCCUUUUCACAGGAUUUUAGCCUCCAGACAUUCAGCAGAUUAAUCCGAGUAGCCUCAAAGUUGCCACUUAUGUUGUUGGUUUAUACCAGGGAUAAAGUUGAAAAGAAAAAAAAUGUGUGUACUUUAGUUUACCGUGUGGAUUUCUAUAUUCUGUACAAUCUUUGCAGUAUAUUUAAAAGAGGGUUUUUGGAGUUUAAAAAGAGUCAUGGACUAAGGGAAUUGGACGCUGAUGGGGUGGGGAUGGACGGGGGACUGUGUGCCAUGAUUUAAAAUCCUGGUGAGUCUGCUUCAAAAGCUCCUGAUGGAGGUGUGUGAGUGGAAUGAAGCACUGAUUUACACAUAUGGAUAUCAAUAUAGACUCCUGUUCAUACUGUAUACAGACAAUUAAAAUAAACCAACCUUAUGACA